AUGGAUACGGGAGAAGGGGAAGAUGAAAUCCUGUUUCUGCGAACAAGGGAUGAGCUGGUAUUGAGGUGUUGUUUAUCUGGCCCUUAUCAGCAAAAACUCUGUUUAGCUGCAGAGGGUUUCGGCAACCGGUUGUGUUUUCUAGAGUCCACCUCCAACUCAAAGAAUGUUCCAGCAGACCUUUCCGUGUGCGUGUUUGUUCUUGACCAGUGUCUGUCUGUCCGAGCACUACAGGAGAUGCUGGCCAACCGUGAAGACCUGCGAGCUGGGUCACCUGAAGCAGGUGGGCGUCGCACUCUGCUCUACGGUCAGGCAGUGCUGUUUCGACAUGCCUACAGCGACAUGUACCUGUGCUGUCUGUCCACAUCCGGACUCUCUUCUGACAAACUGGCUUUUGAUGUGGGUUUGCAGGUUGAUACAACUGGUGAGGUCUGCUGGUGGACGGUUCACCCCGCCUCCAAGCAGAGAUCAGAGGGUGAGAAGGUCAGAGUGGGAGAUGACCUCAUCCUAGUUAGCGUUUCUUCUGAGAGAUACCUACAUGUGUCAUGGAGAAGCAGUGAAAAUAAUGACAGCGACAUUGGACGGGUAGAUGCUGCCUUCCAGCAAACUUUGUGGAGCGUAGCCCCUGUAUCCUCUGGAUCAGCAGAAACACAGGGUCAUUUGAGAGGAGGUGACACUAUACGUCUGCUACAUGGACACACAAAUGAGUGUUUGACCAUUUCUGCAGCUGGACACAGACAGGAGGAGCGCAGAUCUGUUCAUUUUGAAGAAGGUUUGGUGUCACUUCAGGCUCGGUCUUUAUGGAGGCUUGAGACAUUACAUGUUGCGUGGAGUGGUAGCCACAUCCACUGGGGUCCACCGUUCCGUCUUCAGCACCUCACUACCGGAUCGUACCUGGGACUGACUCACGAUUAUGGACUGCAGCUGGUGGAGAGAGAGAGAGCUGAUGUUAAAAGUAGCGCGUUCUGUCUACGUGCAUCAAAGAGCCAUGAGAGAUCGGAUUUGGUUGAGAGGAGAGAUGGUAUGGGUGCCCCUGAGAUCAGAUACGGAGACUCUCUCUGUUUUGUCCAGCAUGUGGACACUGGGCUUUGGCUCACAUAUCAGACCGUAGUUAUGAUAGUUAUGAUUUUUGGGGGGAAUGCAAAAUGAGGAAAUGCUUUGGUCCUGCAGGCCGUUUUGCAAGCAGAAGGUCAUAUGGAUGAUGGACUCACCCUCUCUCGCUCUCAGAGGGAGGAGUCACAUGCUGCUUGUUUAAUUCGAAGCUCCGUCCUUCUUUUCUCACAGUUCAUUAGGGGACUAGAGGAUGUCAGCCAGAAAGAAAACAUCCCUAACUUGGAUCUUCCUAUUGAGAGGGUCUGUCUGACCCUCCGGGAUUUGAUUGGUUAUUUUCAGUCACCCGAAAAGGGGCAGGGUCAAGAGGUCAGACAGGGAGAUAUUAGAGCACUGAAGAAUAGACAAAACCUCUUCCAAGAUGAGGAUAUAAUCUCACUGGUUCUGGACUGCAUUGAUCACAUGCAUUUCUACAACAGUGCCGUCCAUUUUGCAGAGGCUGCUGGGAAAGAUGCAGGAGAAUUAUGGGAAAUAGUCUUGAACAAUUUUUAUGAGCUGCUAGCUGCCCUGAUUAGGGGUAAUCGGAAAAAUUGUGCCCGAUUUUCUGGAUCUCUGGACUGGCUGGUUAGGAGACUUGAGAAACUGGAGGCUUCCGCUGGUAUUUUGGAAGUGUUACAUUGUGUCCUAGUAGAAAGUCCUGAAGCUUUGAAUGUUAUUAAAGAAGAGCACAUCAAAUCUAUCAUCUCGCUUCUGGAUAAACACGGAAGGAACCAUAAGAUCCUGGAUGUGUUGUGUUCGCUCUGUGUGUGUCAUGGCAUGGCCGUCCGCUCUAACCAGCAUUUAAUCUGUGACACACUGCUGUCAGACAGAGACCUGCUUCUACAGACAAAACUAGUUAACAAAGUUAUCAGUGUACGUCCAAACAUCUUCCUGUGUGCAAGUGAUGACUGCGCCCAGUACAGGAAGUGGUAUUAUGAGGUGGUAGUCGAGAAGGCGGAGCCUUUUGUGACAGCUGAACCUACUCACCUGCGAGUGGGUUGGGCCAGUACUGAGGGCUACUGUCCCUCCCCCACAGGGGGUCAUGGCUGGGGGUCAAAUGGUGUUGGAGAUGACCUGUGUUCCUAUGGCUUUGAUGGCCUUCACCUGUGGACAGGAGAUGUGGGUCGAAGUGUCAGCUCACCCAAUCAGCAUUUGCUAAGAGAGGAUGAUGUUGUUAGUUGCUGCCUUGACCUCAGUGCGAUGUGCAUCUCCUUCCGGGUCAAUGGGCAACCAGUUCAGGGCAUGCUGGAAAACUUCAGUAUAGACGGGCUUCUGUUUCCUGUAGUCAGCUUCUCAGCUGGAGUGCAGGUUCGCAUGCUGUUUGGAAGGCGGCAGGGAGAGUUUAAGUUUCUGCCUCCUGCCGGUUUCUCUCCGUGUGCAGACGCUCUCCUCCCUAAAACACACUGUAGAUUGGAAUUGUGCCAUGAAGUCACCCAAAAUUAUACUGGAAGCCAGCGUAACCUUUUAGGGCCUGUUCUACCUGUCACACCUGUGACUUUUACCCCCUUGCCAGUGGAUACCAGCCAGGUUGAAUAUCCUCCACAGAUGGAGCAGAUCAGAGAGAGGUUAGCAGAAAACCUUCAUGAACUCUGGCUCAUUGACAGAAUAGAGCAGGGCUGGACCUAUAGACCCGUCAAAGAUGAGUGCAAAAAAGUACAUCCGUGUCUAGUUGAGUUUUUCAAACUUCCAGAUCAGGAAAGAAUUCACAAUCUUCAGUCAUCUGAGAAAAUACUCAGCACAAUUCUGGCUCUUGGUGUCCACAUUGGACUAUCUGACGAUUACACUGAGGAGAGUGUGAAAUAUGUUCGACUUUCAAAUAAGUAUGAGCUAUGGAAUGGUUAUAAACCAGCACCUGUGGAUCAGUCUCGGGUUGUUCUAACAGCUGCUCAGGAAAAGUUAGUGGAUAAGCUGGCAGAGAAUGAACACAACAUCUGGGCCAGAGAUCUGAUCAGACAGGGCUGGAGCUAUGGACUGCAGCAGGAUGUGAAGUAUAAGAGAAGUACACAGUUGGUACCAUUCUCCCUGUUGGAUAAAAAGAGCAAGCAGGCUGUUAGAGGGGCCUCGAGGGACGCCCUGGGUACCCUGCUUGGAUUUGGAUACACUGUGGAACCGCUGGAGCAAGAAUAUGCUUCAAAAAGCAACAUCAAAUCUGUGAAUGUGGAGAGAUUUCGUAUUUUCCGCGUGGAGAAGGACUUUGCGGUAAAUAGUGGGAAAUGGUACUUUGAGUUUGAGGCCGUAACAGAUGGAGAGAUGAGAGUGGGCUGGGCACGACCUGGAUGUAAACCAGAUGUGGAUCUUGGUUCAGAUGAUCAGGCCUUUGUUUUUGAUGGCUCUAAGGUAAGAUAAUUUUAAUCUGCUUCUAUGGGGCAGUGGUGGCAUGGUGGUGCGGAGCGAUUGGGUGGUCUCUGGAAGAAGGGUGAUGUGAUUGGUUGUUUGUUGGACUUAACAAGAUGCACUAUGAUGAUCACUCUCAAUGGAGAGCUACUGCUAAAUUCUUGUGGUUCUGAACUGGCUGCAAAACACUUCAAUAAGUCUGAUGGAUUCCUCCCUGUUUGUAGUAUUGGGGUAAACCAGGUGGGCCGUCUAAAUUUUGGCCAUCAGGUUGCCUCGCUGAGAUACUUCAGUGUGUGUGGCCUACAAGAGGGAUACCAGCCCUUUGGUCUGAACAUGAGCGAAGACCUUCCUCUGUGGAUGAGCUGGAUAGAUCCCUUAUUCGUUCCUGUACCUAAUGACCAUCCUAAUGUACAGGUGAUUCAUUUUGAUGGAUCAGUAGACCACACUCCACGUCUAAAAGUCACACAGAGGUUUUCUGGCCAGCAUGACAGCGGCACAAGCGAUGUUGGAUUUUACCGUCUGAGCAUGCCGAUAGAGUGUGCGCAGGUCUUCUCCAGCCCCAGCGAAGCCAAUGCAGCAGCCAGUUCCCAUCUCAGAGAGCCAGAGGAUGGGGAGGCGGAUUCUGAUUUUGAGAUCCUAAUGAACGCUCACAGAUAUGCAGGAUCUCGAGAUGAGCUUAACAAUCAUAAAGCCAACACUCAGGAAAAGCCAUCCAAACUUCGACAGCGGUUUCUACUGAAGAAGAAAGCAGACUUAAACACUAGUCAUUCGUCUGCACGUCUGUUGGAGGAAGUUCUGGCUAUCGAGACAGAUGAAGACAACCGCCUGGUCCACAGCACUACAUAUUACUACUCCGUGAGAAUCUCUCACAGCCAGGACCCUUCUUACAUCUGGGUGGGAUGGGUGACUUCAAAUUUCCAGCAUCAUGAUGUGACCUUUGACCUGGACAGAAUUUGCACCGUCACAGUUACUCUUGGGGAUGAAUGGGGCAAAGUUCUUGAGAGUGUCAAGCGUAGUAGCUGUUACGUGGUAUGUGCGGCAGAGGGCAGCAGUCUCUCCCACAGCCGCAGCAGCACUGGCCUGGAGAUUGGCUGUCUGGUUGACACGGCAACAGGGCUCCUAACAUUCAUGGCCAAUGGCAAGGAACUGGGAUCAUACUACCAGGUGGAGCCUGGCACCAAGCUCUUCCCUGCAGUUUUUGCUAAAGCCACUACCCCUAGUGUCUUCCAGUUUGAGCUGGGUCGUAUUAAGAAUGUGAUGCCACUGUCGGCGGGUGUUUUUCGGAGUGAAAGGAGAAAUGCAGAGCCUCGGUGCCCCCCCAGGCUACGCGUUCAGUACCUGACACCUGUGCGGUGGACCCGGGUACCUGAGCACGCUCAGCCUGUGGAGGUGACCCGCCUGGAGGAGAGAUACGGCUGGAGAGCUCGUUUCACUCAGAUCCAACAGGUCAUGACUUUGCACAUCCCUGAGCACAACAGAUGUGUGGACAUUCUGGAACUGUCUGAGCUUAAUGACCUUCUAAAGUUCCACCAUCACACUCUCCGUCUUUACUCGGCCCUCUCAGCCCAUGGAAACACACAUGUGAGCCACGCCCUCUGCAGCCACGUGGACCAAUCACAACUCUUGUUUGCCUUACAGUGUUCUAGAAUGCAAGGUCACCUGCGGACAGGUUAUUACAAUCUCCUUAUCAGUAUCCACCUCGAUGUCUACGCAAGCGCCAGGCAGGCCAUGAAUCACGAAUACAUCGUGCCUUUGACCGAAACCGCGCGGUCCAUUAUGCUCUACAAAGACGACAGAAAAGCGCAACGAUUUCCAGGAAGAGACCUCAGUACUUCAUUAUGGCCGAGAAUGCAGUUUUCAUCACCUUGUUUCAUCAGGGCUGACAGAACACGUUUGAUGGACAGCGAUGGGGGCGGAGCUUCUUGGAGUAAAUUGUGCCAAGACAGCCCUGAGUUUCCAUUGGAUGUUUUGAAAGCUGUUGUCAUAGCAAUGCUGAAUGAGGCAGUGGCAGCAGUAUUCCAGCGUGUGAGGGAUCCUGCAGGGGGCAGCAUGGAGCUCCUGCUGGUUCCUCUGCUUGGUUUACUGCACACACUUCUGCUGAUGGGUGUGUAUCAGGGGAAAGAUCUGGAAGAGGUUUUUAAUCUCAUCCUGCCUGUCAGUUACAUGAGAGGGAUGUGCAAAGUGGAAGAGAUGGAUGAACUAGAAGAAAGUGAUGGAGAAAGAGGGGAACAGGAGGUUGGAGGAUGGGACGGUAAUGUUUCUCAUCAAAGUCUUCUUCAGAUGAAUCUUCCAGAAGCAGUCAAGUUACAAGUUUGCCACCUCCUGCAAUACCUGUGUGACUGUCAGGUACGUCACAGAGUAGAGGCUGUGGUGGCAUUCUCAGGUGAAUUCGUAGAACAUCUCCAAGAAAACCAGCGCUUCCGGUACAAUGAGGUCAUGGAUGCCCUUAACAUGUCUGCUGCACUAACAGCACGCAAGACUAAAGAGUUUCGUUCACCCCCUCAGGAACAGAUCAACAUGAUGUUGGAUUUCCGAGAGGAUGGUCAAGAAUGUCCAUGCCCUGAAGAUAUCCGAGAUCUCCUGUGGGAAUUUCAUCAGGACCUAAUGAAUCACUGUGUUGAGACGGAUAAUGAUUCCAGGGAUGCGGCUGAGAGUGACAUGCCAGUUAGGAAUCGCCUCCAAGGCUUGGUGGAUAAAAUAAAUCAUUUCAAGAGGCGAAUGUCAGGUCUAAAUGAAGAGAUUGUGACCAAACCUGUCUCUUUGAAGCAGCUGAUAUCAGAGACCAUGCUAGAUUGGGCCCAGGAGAAGACCAUAGAAGAUCCAGUUUUGGUGCGUGCUGUAUUCAACCUGCUUUAUCAACAGUAUACUGGGUUGGGUGGACAACUGUCUGAACCACUACAGAAAGCAUACUGUAUCAGCCAGAACUCUGUGGAGGACACUCUCAACCUCCAGUGGGCGCUAGCACGCAUCCGUUCAUUGCUCAAAGCUCGGAUGGGUAAAGAAGAAGAGGAGCUAAUGAUUAAAGGUUUAGGUGACAUCAUGAACAAUAAAGUUUUCUAUCAGCACCCUAAUCUGAUGAAAGCUCUAGGGAUGCAUGAAACGGUCAUGGAGGUGAUGGUGAAUGUCCUGGGUGCUAGAGAAUCGAAGGAAAUCAUGUUUCCCAAUAUGGUUGCACAUUGUUGUCGCUUCUUGUGUUACUUCUGUCGAAUAAGUCGUCAUAACCAGAAGGCCAUGUUUGAUCAUCUCAGCUACCUGCUGGAUAACAGCAAUGUUGGUCUCGCUUGUCCUUCAAUGAGAGGUUCGACUCCGCUGGAUGUGGCGGCUGCUUCCGCCAUGGACAACAAUCAGCUGGCGCUUGCUCUUACAGAACCAGAUCUGGAGAAAGUGGUGCGGUAUUUAGGAGCCUGUGGGUUGCAUAGCUGUGCUUUGUUGGUCUCUAAAGGCUACCCAGAUAUUGGUUGGAAUCCUGUAGAAGGAGAACGAUACCUGGACUUUCUGCGAUUUGCAGUAUUUUGUAAUGGUGAGAGCGUGGAGGAGAACGCCUAUGUUGUAGUGAGGCUUCUGAUUCGCCGGCCCGAGUGCUUUGGCCCUGCCCUGCAAGGGGAGGGUGGACAUGGUCUCCUAGCAACGAUGGAGGAAGCCAUACAAAUUUCUGACCAGCAAGAUGGAAUAAGUACACACAGUUCCAACAAAACUCUCGACAUACUUGAUGAUGAUGAAGAUGAUAUUGUCAUUCACAUGGGCCAUGCCAUAAUGACUUUCUACUCAGCGCUGAUCGAUCUGUUGGCUCGUUGUGCCCCUGAGACAUAUCUCAUAGAAGCGGGGAAAGGUGAGGCUAUCCGGAUCAGGGCAAUCUUGAGGUCUCUGAUUCCCAGAGACGAUCUUGAGGGUGUCAUCAAUAUUCCUUUCAAGCUACCACAUGUGAACACAAACGGGCUAUUGAUUGAGCCAGACACGUCUCGGAUAUUUUGUCCGGAUCACAAAGCGGCCAUGGUUAUGUUUUUGGACCGAGUUUAUGGAGUUCUUGACCAACAGUUCUUGCUUCGUCUGUUGGAGUGUGGUUUCCUGCCUGACCUGCAAGCGGCCAUUAACAUGGAUACUACGGGAUUGGGUGGUACAGAUAUGGCACUGGCCCUCAAUCGAUACCUAUGUGCGGCCGUACUGCCGCUGCUGAGUAAGUACUCCUCUCUGCUGUGUGAUUCUUCAUCGCUGAAGACCGGGCCGGUCGAUGGUCUCCUGCACGGGGUGUACAGCCUCUCCAAAGCCAGUGGACUGACCAAUGCACAGAGAGAUUCUAUUCAGGACUGUUUGCUGGCUGCGUGGGGAAAGCUAAAGCCCUCUUUGUUGCAGUCCCUGCUGCAUAAGCUUGUGUGUGAUGUUCCUCAGCUGUCAGAAAAUUCCAAGAUGCCAUUAAAGCUGUUGAGCAGUCACUACGAGCAGAACAGGAGCUAUUAUUGUCAGAACGGAGGUUGUGGUGGAUUUGAUUGUGCUUCAGAAGAAGAGCUUUGUUUGACUAGAAGGCUGUUUUGGGGUAUAUUUAGUGCUCUUGCUACAAAGUCUUACGAUGGAGACCUGUUCAAGCUGGCUCUUGGUAGUCUCAGUGCGCUUGCUGGUGCGAUCCCUCCUGACCAUCUUGACCCGAGCUGCACCGGCGGGCGAGAGAGCCACUUGGCGAAGGAUACAGAUAGAUGGUUUUGUCCUCAACCCUUGGACACAUCAAAUGUGACUAUCCAAGACGGGCUCGAGUUUGUGGUGAACAAAUAUGCAGAACACACACAUGAGAGAUGGUCACUGGACAAAUUUGCUAAUGGUUGGGUCCACGGAGAGCAACUUUCAGAGACCUCUAAAGUUCACCCACUCCUGAAACCUUACAGAGCUCUAUCUGAGAAGGAUAAAGAAGGUUAUAGAAGCGCCAUUAAGGAGACAGUGAAAUGCAUGUUGGUCUUGGGCUGCACAAUUGAAAGGACUAAAGAGGGAGAGAUGCAAGGCUUUCACAACCCCGCUAGGAGAAUCUCACAAUCUGGUCAGUUGUGUUUUGAAGGAGCCUCUACAUUCAGUCCUAAGCCUGUGGACACCAGCAGUGUCACUCUGACCUGGGAUCAGUAUGUCAUGGCAGAGCAGCUGGCUGAGAAUUAUCAUCACAUCUGGGCUGUGAAGAAACUGCAGGAACUGGAGAAUAAAGGAGGGGGCAGUCACCCACUACUCGUGCCUUACGAUGCUCUGAACGUGAAAGAUAAGAGCCGACUCAGAGACAAAGCUCAAGAUGUUCUCAAGUUCUUCCACAUCAAUGGGUUCUUGGUGAGGAGGAGCAGAAAGGUGGCAGAUGUUGACUCUCCGAAGAUCGCAAGCCGCUUUGCUUAUGGUCUGCUCCAGCAAGCCCUGUGUCUCACGGAGCAAGCCCACCAGCGUUUACUGGAAUUGGAUGUUGCACAGGCCCGAGGGCAGAUUAAUAGGACUCAGAAAAUAUCCCAUGAAGAACUAAUUUUCUUCAUUAAGAUUUUAUUACCACUGGUAGAUCAAUACUUCAAAAAUCACUAUGUCUACUUCUCCACUGUCAUGUCUUCUCUGAAAGACAGUUGCCAAGCCUCCAACAAAGAAAAAGAGAUGGUCACCAGUUUAUUCUGUAAACUUGGAGCUCUAGCCAGACGCAGAAUCUCUCUGUUUGGAAAUGAUGCCCUUGCCGUGGUAAGCUGCCUACAAAUCCUGGCACAGUCCCUGGACAGCAGGAUGAUAAUGAAAACCGCUAGCGAAUCUGUCAGGAGGUCGCUGUGGUCGUUUUUCGAAGCAGCGGCAGAGGAUCUAGAGGUAACGGUGGAAAAUGUGACCCAGGAUAAGUACGGGCUAAACCGAGCCCAGAGCAUGAUGGACAGUGAGGUCGUAACAUACACCACCAGCACCCUCAUCCCAGUGCUGACCGCUCUCUUCCAGCAAGACUUUCACAGGCGGCAUGAAGGAGGACUGAUCGUGGAUGAAGUGCAGACCUAUUGUUACAGGAUCAUCAGUUGUCUCUACAUUCUUGGCACCUCUAAUGGUACCUUCAUUGAGAGGCAGAGGUCUGUCCUUGGGGAGUGUCUGGCUGCAUUAUCUGCAGCGUUUCCCUUGUGUUUCUUGGAACUGGAUGACCUACGUUCCAUCUCUGAUAUUACGACUAAUGAAGAAAAUGACGGUAAAAGCAAAACAAAGUCCGAGAGAGCCUGUAGGCUCCUUCCCUCUUUGCAGGAAGCUUUCUCAGAGGUGGAAGAGCUGGCAGUAGCGGGGCCAGCUGCCCGCCACGCCCUUUUAACAAGAGUUACGGAGGUGACACUUCCUCUAUUAUGUAGCUAUAUUUCUCGAUGGGGAGAGGCUGAAAAACAUUCAUCCGAGGAUGGCUACUGUUCUUCUGUCACCCCACAACACUCUAAUGCCCUACUGGGUCACAUCCUUUCCACCAUCAACGCCCACCUCGGGGCGGCAUAUAGUGCUUGGAUGAAACGGCUUGCAGUGUUUGGCCAGCCAAUCAUCAGCAAGGCAGAGGAACACCUCUUAAAGAGUCACUUCCUACCUCUGAUGGAAAAGCUGAGGAAGAGGGCGGAGUCAGUGCUUCUGGAGGAGGAGCAUUUGAAGACAGAGGGACGUGUUGAUGUCUCGGAGCAAGAGUUAGACAUCCAGGAAAGGUUUACAGUGUUGGUACAAGAUAUCUACGCAUUUUACCCUUUACUGAUUCCAUUUAUAGACCUCCACAGAGUGAGAUGGCUGAGAGAGGUGAACGCAGAUGCUGAGAAGCUUUUCUGCCUUGUAGCUGAAGUCUUCUUUUUCUGGGCUAAAUCUCAUAAUUUCAAAUGGGAGGAACAGAACUUCGUUGUUCAAAAUGAAAUUAACAACAUGACAUUUUUGAUGAACGGCAGCAAAACUCGCAUGGAUAAGGGAGGGGUGUGUGAGCAGGAGAGGAGUAAGGUAAAGAGGAAGGGCGAUCGAUAUUCGGCACACACCUCUCUUAUUGUGGCCGCGCCGAAAAAACUUUUCUCGGUUGCCCUGAAUGGAUGUUGCCAUGACGAUCAGGGCCUAGUCGCCCUGGCCAAAAGCCGUUUCUCACAGAGAGACACGGAGGAUGAGGUCAGGGAGUACAUUCGAAACAGCCUGCAUGUGAAACGGAUAUUCGAGACAUCUCACCUCACUUGUUUUUCUUUUUUUUAUCAGGAUCUGUGUGAAAACAUGGCAGAUCCUGUCAGUGUUGAGAGGGUUUUAAUCAUCGCUCGUGUCCUUUACCACCUGGAUCAGGUGGAACACCCUCAGAAGAUGAAGAGGGCUGUUUGGCAUAAGAUGCUUUCCAAACAGAGGAAGCGGGCUGUAGUGGCGUGCUUGAGAAUGGCUCCUUUGUACAAUCUGCCCAGGCACAAAGCGGGAAACCUCUUCCUUCAGGGAUACGAGCGAGUCUGGCUACAGAACACAUGUGGCUCACCUGAGGAUAGACUGAUUGAAGAUUUAGCUGUGAGGCUGUUUUGCCCGAUCAAAGCAGCUCGUGUAGAGAUUGUAAAAGAGGGAACGAAGCAAAGCAAAAUGAUUGAUCCGCUUUGUCAUCUUAUAAAUCUCUUCAGACGAAGUGCAUUGACUGAGAGGAGUAAACUAGAAGAGGAUGGUCUGUACAUAUGCUAUGGCAACAUCAUGGCCAGGAGUUGCCACAGCGAGGAAGACCAGUAUGAAGAUGAGCUGAAAACAUUUGAGGAAAAAGAGAUUGAGAAGCAGAGGCUGCUGUUUCAGCAGGCCCGACUACAUGAACGCGGAGCUGCCGAGAUGGUCUUACAGAACCUCAGCGCCAGCAGAGGUGAAAUGGGACCCAUGGUGGCAGCCACUUUGAAGCUUGGCAUCGCAUUAUUAAAUGGAGGAAAUACUUUGGUCCAGCAAAAGAUGCUGGUUUACCUGAGGCAGAAGCGAGAUGUGGCUUUCUUUCAUAGUCUGGUCGGCCUGAUGCAGUCUUGCAGUGUGCUGGAUUUGAAUGCGUUUGAGAGGCAGAUCAAAGCCGAGAGUUUAGGAGUGGGCGCUGAAGACAAUUCAGGUAAAUCACUGACAUAUGACAGAGGUGAUGGGGUAAUGGCAGAUGAACAGCUGACAUGCGACCUUUUCCGAUUCCUUCAGCUUCUUUGUGAGGGCCACAACACAGACUUUCAGAAUUACCUGAGGACUCAAACUGGAAACAACACAACAGUCAACAUCAUCAUCUCUACUGUGGAUUACUUACUCCGCGUCCAGGAGUCCAUCAGCGAUUUCUACUGGUAUUAUUCAGGGAAGGAUGUGAUUGAUGAACGUGGUCAGCAUAACUUCUCCAAAGCCAUCAGCGUGGCCAAGCAGGUGUUCAACACACUCACUGAAUACAUUCAGGGACCAUGUACUGGUAACCAGCAGAGUCUGGCCCACAGUCGUCUGUGGGAUGCUGUAGUGGGCUUCCUCCAUGUGUUUGCUCACCUGCAGAUGAAGCUUUCUCAGGAUUCCAGUCAGAUAGAGCUGCUGAAGGCUUUGAUGGACUUACAAAAAGACAUGGUGGUGAUGCUGCUUUCCAUGCUUGAAGGAAAUGUGGUAAAUGGGACCAUUGGCAAACAGAUGGUGGACAUGCUGGUGGAAUCAUCCAGCAAUGUCGAGAUGAUCCUCAAGUUCUUUGAUAUGUUCCUCAAACUCAAAGACCUCACGUCUUCUGAUGCUUUCAAAGAAUAUGACCCGGAUGGUAAAGGACUCAUUUCCAGAAAGGACUUCCAGCGAGCCAUGGAAAGCUUCAAGCGUUAUUCCCAGUCAGAGAUGGGGUUUCUGCUGUCCUGCGCAGAGACGGGAGAAAGCGAGUUUUUGGAUUACCAGGAGUUUGUGACGCGUUUUCAUGAACCUGCCAAAGAUAUCGGCUUCAACGUGGUCGUUCUUCUGACCAAUCUGUCCGAGCAUAUGCCCAAUGAUGCCCGCUUGCUAAAUUUUCUGGAGCUGGCGGACAGCGUGCUUAAGUAUUUCCAAUCUCACCUGGGCAGAAUCGAAAUCCUGGGCAGCGGGAAACGGAUCGAGAGGGUGUACUUUGAGAUCAGCGAAUCCAGCCGCACACAGUGGGAGAAACCACAGGUGAAAGAGAGCAAACGGCAGUUCAUCUUUGAUGUCGUAAAUAAGGGAGGAGGGAAGGAAAAGAUGGAACUAUUUGUCAACUUCUGUGAAGAUACCAUCUUUGAAAUGCAGCUGGCUGCGCAGAUCUCUGCUUCAGAGUGUGGAGAGGAACCGAAAUCAAAAGAUGAAGAGAAAGAAAAGGCUGAAAGCAUUUCAGAAGACAGUAUGCCCCAAGAUUCACAUUGUCUCCCUGUGAUGAAUCUUCUCUCUGUACGUAACAUCCGUAAGCACAUAAAGGAAAUAUCCAUCAAGAGUGUCUUCUCAGCAAUCUUCUCCAUCUUCCAAACCGUUCUUCUGCUAAUCACAAAUGGUGUUUUGGGUGUGGUUUGGUUUUUCCUCUAUCUGCUCUAUCAUAUCUUCUUGAGCGGAUGGAUCAUUGACGCGGCGAAAGAGAUGAAACUAGCUGACAUUUUGGGUGACCUUCGGGAUCCUACCAUGGUUGAGGUCACUGGGGAUGGAGAAGUCGUCGUCAGAGGAAAUCACAGUUACACGUGUGCGGUUUCAUCUCAGGGUAAUCUUUGAGGCAUGAGUCUGGAUCUGUCUGCGGUGUCAAGGGACCCUCAGCUCCUCAUGGAUAUUUUCGGUUUGUGUCUGAAGAAGGAGGGAGGGACAUAUACGUUGUUUAGUGGUGACCAUCAAGCCGGCCUGGAUGAACUUCUACACAUGUCUCAAUUUCAGGUGGAAAUCAUUGAGGAGGAUUUUCGACAGGUGCAAGAAGAAAAGGCUUCAGAGGAUGAGAGAACUAUUGGAAAAGAAGGCGAGAAGAUAGAAAUGAAGACUAAAGGGAGAGUUAGAAAGCUCGGCUAUUCUAAACCUGAGGAAACCGAAGUCCAAAAAUCUUUCAUUUGGAAAACAGUCUGCUCUCAGAAGACCAAACUGCUGAAUUGCUUUGCAAGAAAUUUCUACAACAUGAGAUUGUUGGCCCUGUGCUUUGCUUUUGCCAUCAAUUUUAUUCUGCUGUUCUACAAGGUGAGCUUUGUUUCAUCGACCGUUGAUGGCGACGAUGAUGAUGAUGUGGAGAUCACUCUGUGUGAUUCCAACAGCAAGGAUUCACAGGAAGUGUAUUACGAGCUGGAGGAGAACAGCGGCUACAUGAAAAUGAUUCUUCACAGUCUGGCUUUUCUGCACACGCUCAUCUCGCUCUGCUGUAUUACCGGCUACUACUGUCUGAAGGUUCCUUUAGUUAUUUUUAAGCGGGAGAAGGAACUGGCUCGUAAACUGGAGUUCGAUGGGCUCUACAUCACAGAGCAACCUUCAGAAGAUGACAUUAAAGGCCAGUGGGACAGGGUGGUCAUCAACACGCCAUCGUACCCGAGUAAUUACUGGGAUAAAUUUGUGAAAAGAAAGGUGAUGGCAAAAUACAAAGAGAUGUACGGUUCGGCGCGGGUUCGAGAACUGCUGGGUUUGGAUAAAGCUGCUCUGGAUUUCAGCUCUGACACUCAGGAGAGGAAGAAACCUGUACCAAAGGGUUCCUUAUUAAACACCAUUGAUAUGAAGUACCAAAUAUGGAAGCUGGGAGUGGUUUUCACAGACAAUUCUUUCCUUUACCUGACCUGGUACGUUUUUGUGUCUGUUCUGGGCCAUUAUAACAAAUUUUUCUUCGCUGCCCAUCUCUUGGACAUCGCCAUGGGUUUUAAAACACUGCGAACAAUAUUGUCAUCUGUUACGCAUAACGGCAAGCAGCUGGUUCUGACAGUGGGACUCCUGGCUGUUGUUGUUUAUCUCUACACGGUGGUCGCCUUUAACUUCUUUCGCAAGUUUUACAACAAAAGUGAAGAAGGAGAAUCAAGGGACAUGAAAUGUGAUGCUAUGCUCACAUGUUACAUGUUCCACAUGUACGUUGGCGUGAGAGCCGGAGGAGGGAUCGGAGAUGAAAUCGAAGAUCCAGCUGGCGAUGAGUUCGAGCACUAUCGCAUCAUCUUCGACAUCACGUUCUUCUUCUUCGUCAUUGUUAUUCUUCUCGCCAUCAUUCAGGGUCUGAUCAUUGAUUCGUUUGGGGAGUUGAGAGACCAACAGGAACAGGUUAAAGAGGACAUGGAGACUAAGUGUUUUAUUUGUGGCAUUGGUAGCGAGUACUUUGACACGGUGCCUCAUGGGUUUGAGUCGCACACGCUUCAGGAGCACAACCUGGCCAACUACCUGUUCUUUCUGAUGUACCUCAUCAAUAAGGAUGUUACAGAACAUACCGGACAGGAGUCGUAUGUUUGGAAGAUGUUCCAGGAACGCUGCUGGGAAUUCUUUCCUGUUGGAGACUGUUUCCGGAAACAGUAUGGAGAUCAACUCAGUUGAAGUAUUUGAAGGAAACGUUUUUCAGACCUCUUGCCUCUCCUGUUUUGAUUAUUGGUUUGGUGUUUUUUAUUUAUUCCACACUACUUAUUUAUUGUUAAGUGUUGCUUAUUGUUGAAUUUAAGGCAUGGAUUUGAUGUUGAUGUGAGGUGUGUUUUAGAAUUAGAAACCUUAAAAUUAUGUAAAAGCAAAAAUGAUAUUUACAGUUAACCAAUAUCAUCGCAGGAAGAAUAAAGUGAUAGUUCACCCCAAAAUAAAACUUCAUUUCAAACCUGUAUGACUUUUUUCUUCUGCAGAACACAAAAGAAGGUACUUUGAAGAAUCUUGUUAACCAAACAACACUGGGCCUCAUUGACUUCCCUUGUAUGUGCACAAAACCACAGAGACAUUUCUCAAAAUAUCUUUUUUUUUCCACGGAAGAAAGAGUCAUAUGCAGGUUUAAAGAAACGAGGGUGAAUAAAUGAUGACAUUUUUUUAUUUUGGGGGUGAGGUAUCUCUUUAAAAUUAUAAAUAGAUUUUUUUUCCCUUUUAAAGGGAAAAAUGCAGUGUGGUACUAGGAUGUUUUAUUUGGUCAUACUUUGGUACUUAGCAAGCACCGCCAAUAAAGUGCCUCACCAAGCAACCUUCAAAUUAUCAUCCCUGAGCUUCACCCAUAAUGCCACACCAUCCCGCAUAAUACCAGCAUACAGCAAACUGUUCCAAACUGUUAUUCUGCCGGGCUUACUGUAGCUCUUCUGGAGUCUUUUUGUGUCUGAGGUAAAUCUCAUUUCAGUCAUCUGUGCCUGCACUUCCAACCGUGUCUACUCUGAAUUUCAAUCAUUCCUGUGAUAAACUGAUCUGCUGGAAUAAAAACCAUCCACUGUUUGCCCCUACUGUAUGCUUACUGUAAUUCUCCAACUGUU